AUGCCUGAGGUCCGGGGCUCUGUGCCAGACCACCUGGAUGCGCACUGCUGGUGUUGUCUGUCGCAACCUCCCACCCUGUGCUCCAGACCUGAGCAGUACCCUCUCCAGCUGGGCCCUGGGCCAGGGGCCCGUGUGGAAGAUGGACUCUCAGGUCUGCCAGGUGCAUCAGGGACAAAGAGGAAGUAUGUGGCCCCCAGUGGCCUGGGUCUGAAGAUCCCAGUGGAGCCGCCGAAUCUCUAUCUGGUGAAGCUCUACAUGUAUGACCUGUCCAAGGGCCUGGCCUGGCGACUCAGCCCCAUCAUGCUGGGAAAACAACUGGAAGGCAUCUGGCAUACCUCCAUAGUUGUGUACAAGGAUGAGUCCUUCUUUGGCAGUGGUGGGAUCUCCAGCUGCCUGCUGGGAGGGACAUUGCUUGGGCCCCCAGACUCUGUGGUUGAUGUGGGCAUCACAGAAGUCACAGAAGAAAUCUUUCUGGAGUACCUGUCCUCCCUGGGGGAGUCUCUGUUUCGAGGUGAGGCCUACAACCUCUUUGAACACAACUGUGACACCUUCAGCAACGAAGUGGCACAGUUCCUGACGGGGCGGAAGAUCCCUUCUUAUAUCACUGACCUGCCCUCUGAAGUUCUCUCCAUGCCCUUCAGACAGGUGCUUCAGCCCCUCCUGGACUCCAUCCAGAUCCAGCCUCCUGGGGGGAGCACCGUGGGCAGACCCAAUGGCCAGAGCUAACAAGACCACAUGGGACCACCCUGCCUCACCAGGGCUUUUCCUCUUUAAACAAAACAAACCCUACCAGAUUUCUAUUUUAUAAUUUUACAUCAGAGCUAACAACCAGGGGACGGCUUUUUAAAUAUCCCAGGGAAUGAGAUCACCAGGCUGCACAUGGGACAAUGCUGCUAAGGAACAGAGCAAAAUGCCACCCCUUCCAAUAGUAUUACACUAAUUUAUUAAGGCUGUCUUGUCUGUGAGUUCACUUUUGACGCUGUUUCCUAAGCGUCCUCCACACUGGAGAAGG